UUUAGAUUAAAAAUAUGACAGCCUCCGAAAUUGAACAAUUCUUCCUUAAUUUUCCGGCCACUCGUGCAAAGUUUGAGGACGCAAGAAUCUUGGCCACACAGGAGUACUAUGAAAACGAGAAGAAAAUGACUCAAAAAUUGUUGUACAAAGCAGCAAAAGAAACUGUAUAUGACCUUAUAAGCCAGGCCACUCAUAACUGUGAUCUUGCUGGACCAGUUAAAAUAGAGGUGGAUAAACCUACCUUAAUAAGAUCUGAGGAAUAUACCACCAGACUGAAAGCAGUCAUAGAAAAGACAAAGGCUGAGAAGUUGGCAAUGCAAAAGAUUAUGUACAACACAGCUUCGGAAGUCGUUCAAGAUUUGUUCACAGGUGCAGCAAGGAGGAGGACGGUCAAGUACCAAAAGUGA